UCGGGCUUUCCGUUCCUUGCUCGGCGUUGAGAUCGAUUCGUGAUUCUUUGUCGCGUCGUUUACCAGACAGAAGUCGUUCGCGUUGAACGGAGGGUACAUUUUUAUAUCCCAUCUAAGCAUACACAAUGGCAGACAAUGACGAUCUUUUGGAUUACGAGGACGAGGAGCAGACCGAGCAGGUAGUUGAUGGGAGUGGCGACGUACCUGCCAAGAAAGAGGUCAAGGGAACGUACGUCUCUAUCCAUAGCAGCGGCUUCCGUGACUUUCUUCUUAAGCCAGAAAUCUUGCGUGCAAUCGUUGAUUGCGGUUUUGAACAUCCCUCUGAAGUACAGCACGAGUGCAUCCCACAAGCUGUGCUUGGCAUGGAUAUUCUGUGCCAAGCCAAGUCUGGUAUGGGAAAGACUGCAGUGUUCGUGUUGGCUACUUUGCAGCAACUCGAAUUAACUGAAAACCAAGUUUAUGUACUCGUUAUGUGCCACACGAGGGAACUCGCAUUCCAAAUCAGCAAGGAAUACGAGAGGUUCAGCAAAUACAUGCCUCAAGUUAAGGUUGGGGUGUUCUUUGGUGGUUUGCCAAUACAAAAGGACGAAGAGGUCUUAAAAAAUACCUGCCCUCAUAUCGUGGUCGGUACACCUGGACGCAUUCUUGCUCUCGUGAGAAACAAGAAGCUCAAUCUAAAACACUUGAAACAUUUUAUUUUGGACGAGUGCGACAAGAUGCUCGAGUUGCUAGAUAUGCGUAGAGACGUACAGGAGAUAUUCCGCAGUACCCCUCACGGCAAACAAGUCAUGAUGUUCAGCGCCACGUUAUCCAAGGAGAUUCGUCCAGUCUGCAAGAAGUUUAUGCAAGAUCCCAUGGAAGUCUACGUGGAUGACGAAGCGAAACUCACGUUACAUGGUCUGCAGCAACAUUAUGUCAAGCUCAAAGAAAAUGAGAAAAAUAAGAAACUCUUUGAGUUGCUUGAUGUGCUCGAGUUCAACCAGGUUGUCAUCUUUGUCAAAUCGGUGCAAAGGUGUAUGGCUCUGGCACAACUUUUGACCGAGCAAAAUUUCCCUGCCAUUGGAAUUCACAGAGGGAUGACACAGGAAGAACGUCUUUCGAGAUAUCAGCAGUUCAAAGAUUUUCAGAAACGUAUACUGGUAGCAACGAAUCUGUUUGGAAGAGGCAUGGACAUUGAGAGGGUAAACAUUGUUUUCAACUAUGAUAUGCCUGAGGAUUCUGAUACUUACCUGCACAGAGUAGCCCGAGCUGGUCGAUUUGGUACCAAGGGUCUUGCCAUUACUUUGGUGAGCGAUGAGAGCGAUGCUAAAAUAUUAAAUGAUGUUCAAGAGAGGUUCGACGUGAACAUCACUGAAUUGCCAGACGAAAUUGACCUCGCCUCGUACAUCGAGGGCCGAUAAGAUGAACUUGACGAAGCUGCAUUAUUGCGAACUUUUGCAGCUUUAAUUUUAUAUGUGAGUAAAUUACUACCAGUUGACAGCAUUUAACAGUAUUUAACUACUGUGACAAGCAGAUUGUACAAUUACGGAGUGCUUCGGACUUACAUUCACUUUUGUUUAUAUGCCAAUCGACCGAAGACUCUUCUACGUUUGUUACACCGGCUGGAACUCAUAUCAUGAUGCAGUUUAGUAACCUGUAGAGAGGAAAGGCUAGCCAUGGCAUCCCAUGCUAAAAAUGCAUUGUUUCGAUGUCGGUAAUAAACGUCAACUGAUUACUGUACAAAUACUACUUAUAUUUUAUUCCAAGAACUGUAUUGCAAACGAUAACUUGUGUGAUUAGAUGAGCAACAAAGAUAAUGGGUGCGACAGUGUACUUGUGUAAACAGUGGGGGAAGAAUAAAUGAAUUUCUUUGCUAUAAAAA